AUUUUCUAAUCACAUAUUUGGUAGGUGUUAAUUUCCGAAAGAUAUAAACUCCUAAAAUUCAACAACAACAAAAUGUUAAUAACUUGAUUUAGAAUGGUAAAUGUUUGAAAUGACCUUUCUCCAAAGAAGACAUAGAAAUAACUAGGUAUUUAAAAGGAUACUCGUCCGAGGGCAGGACUAUGGGAGGCUGCCCUGUACGGAAAAGAAGAAGAAAUGGCAGUAAAGAGGGCAACCAUCAUUCCACCCAGCCCAAAAGGAAUAAGAGAAACCCUAUCUUUCAGGAUUCUCAAGACACAGUUUUCAUGGAGUGAUAAUGAAAGGAGCAGCAGCCGCCUUAAUAUCCCAGAGAGAGCAGGUGGACCAGAAGGCAACUUAAACCACAUUGUUACUGGACCCAAUGCAAACUUUCCCCAGUUCUUGCAAGAGGGGUAUGUACCAUGCUAAGGUCUUUACUCCCAUAUCAACCAGACCUUGAAGGAGGCUCACUUCAACAGCCUGCAGUAGUGAGGGCAAGUUCCAACAUGAUGAAUUAGGACUUCCUUAUUCCAACCUAAACUGUGUUUAUAAAAGUAAUUGCAUACACACCAAAAAAAAGUCUAUUGGUUUUUAAGUCUACAUUUUAAGUAACAAGUUAAUGGGCAGUUGUUUAAUUGGGGUUUUACUUCACUGCUGUACUUUUAAAGGGGCUGUGAAUAAAUGUUUAUGAAAUUAAAAAAAUAAAAUAAAAAAAUAAAAGGAUACUCGACAUCACUCUUCUAGAAAAAUGCAAAACAAAGUCACAAUAAUCUAUGGCCUCAAGCCGAUAUUUAAAAUAAUAUGACAGCUCUUCAAAAAAUUUAAAAUGAGAUUAUUAUAUAAUCCAGCAAACCCCCUUCUGGCUAUGUACUUAAAAUAUACAACGCAGAUCUGGAAGAGAUAUUUGCACAACCAAAUUUAUUGCAAUAUUAUUAACACAAGCCAAAAGGCAGAAACAAUCCAGAUGUCCCUUGACCAAUGAACAGAUUAAUAAUAAGUGGCACAUACACAAAGUCGAAUAUUAUUCGGUCUUUAAAAAGACACAUUAUAUGAUAAUUCUGGAGAAGAUCAUGUUAAUUGAAAUAAGCCAGGAACAAAGUGACAGUCUAUGAUUCCAUUCAUAAUCAGGUAUCUUAAGUAGACAAACUCACAGGAAAAAAAAGUUAGAAUGGUGCUUGUCAAGGACUGAAGAGAUGGUAAAAUGGGCAGUUGUUUUAUUUUUUAUUUUUAUUUUUUAUUUUUUUUAUUAUACUUUAAGUUUUAGGGUACAUGUGCACAUUGUGCACGUUAGUUACAUAUGUAUACAUGUGCCAUGCUG